UAUACACGUUUAAAGCCGUUCCUGCGUACGAUUAUAAGCCUUGCAAUUGAGCAUUACCCUAGUUGAGGACCCAAGUGGAUCCCUAAACUUCCGCUGAUUACAACGAAUGUAUAGUCAUGAAGAGGAGCAGGGAACACACUUCAUAAUUCAAUAAGUCUGAAUCACUGCACUAUUCCACAGAUGAUCCCAGACGUAGCUUUCAGGGGAACUUUUUAAUCUGAGGGAAGGAUGGGAAACUCGAGCCAGAACAUCAUCACCCUGCUGACUAUUGCAUCACUCUUGCAGGACAGUGCGGGACAUUCGAACUCCCAUAGGUUUUCCCUUAGUGUCAAGUCGUCAGGCCUCGGUUCUGCUUUCAACCUAAGCUGUCCGACACAGAACUGUCAAGAAAUCUUACAAAAUGGGCAUGCAUCACAUGUGAAUCAAGCUUUAAGCGAUGCAGAUGGCAUCGCUAUGAUGGUAGUAAAUGAGAAGAGCGGUACUGUCUUGUUAAGAAAGAUUUUCAAAACGUGGAAUGUAUACACUUAUGCUCAGGAUCUUGUUUGGUGGCUUAGCCGUGUCCAGGCAGGACGUAUAGUGGUGAUGACUGUGCACCGCGCUGGCACUCGUGGAGUAGGAGCAGCUCUUAAGACACUCGAAAGGCUUGGUUCUUUGCUCAUUUCCUAUGCUCCUCCCCGCGCUCUCUGGGCGUGGAUGUUUAUUGCAGGAGGCCAAACCAUAGUUGAAACUAUUGCCCCUAACAAUGAAUGGCUGCGUAAUUCUUUUGCUGAACUGUAUGCACAUGCAUAUACUGAAGCUUCAUUUCAUGACGCUUCAUCUGCAGUGAUUUCGAAACAUAAUUUACACUCCGAUCUCUGCGAACACGAAGCAGCAAUGGGUUCCUUCUGCGAAAAUCAUGACUACAGAACACUAUCGCCAGGGAAGCGUCUGUUUUCGGUACCUGGAAGCAACACCGCACAUAAAAUCGGUGUAGUUGUUUGUGCGGGAGGAAGAGUACAGUACCUUUCAAAUACAUUAUCAAAAUUACUUGCUAAUGAUGGGAUCUUGCGGUUUAAUGUCUUGGUAAUUGUCGGUCGAGAUCCUUCCAAUGAUGGUCCUAACAGUUCAGUUAUUUCACUGUUAGAGGUUUUACAGGUUAAGUACAAAAUAAUAGACAUACCAAGAGAAGUUCCAUCUGUUAACCAUGGACUCUUUCAAUUUUACCGUAAAGCUUGGUCAACAGGUAUAAAUACAUUUUCCAGUUUAAAGUAUAUCGCUUUCCUUGACGAAGAUGUGGAGGUCUCACGUGAUUGGCUUUAUACGUUAUCGCACUUUGCACCAGCACUGGAUACUGACCCAUCACUUUGGUGUGUGUCUGGCAGUGCACCAGGUCACCGAUAUGUAUUUCCAGACCCCCAAAUUUUUCUUCGGGGCUUCAGGCAGCCUGGUUGGGGCUACUUAUUCUCAAUGACAGAGGCAAGGUCAAUGGUGGCGAAAUGGCCGGCCAGCUCUUCCGUUUCGCUAUUGUAUGACAAUUUUCUAUACCGUGUAAUGAGUCGAGGACGUGAAUGCAUUUUUCCUGCACUGAGUCGUUCGUACCAUUAUGGGGUUGGUGUGAACACUGUUCCCGAGAUACACCAGCUCUACUUUUUAGACCAACCAUUGCAUAGUGGUGAGCGGGUUUCUCUGCCACCGGUAGUAGACCUUAUCCAGAACGUGUACGAAAGGAGAGUAAAGUCUAGUCUCGAGAGUGCUAUCCCUAUCACCAGGAAUCCAUGUGCUCCAGGAUUUCUAAAUCCUCCCAGUGCUCACGAAUCAAAACAUUUCGUAUUCUACUUUUUCAUGGAGGAACCAAAUGAUUCACCAGAAUGGGCUACUUUAGCAGAGUGUAUUGGUGCUUGGCCUUAUUCCACUCAGUCCCAUCAUCACGGCUGUUUCGAAAUCCCACAGCCAUGGGGAGGUUCUGUGUGGUUAGUGGGAGUGCCCUACUCAAGAUACAAAUAUCUGCGUCCACCAAGUGUUCCAAUUUGGCAAAUUAAGUCUCAACAAGAAUUGGAAUCGGCUACAGCAUUUUCCAAUACUCUUCGUUUACCACCAAAAGUGAAUAGAACUUUGGCACUUGCUUUCACAGAUCUGUUUAUAAAGUCUUAGUUCAAUAGACAUACGUAACUACAAUGUGCAGAAAUAUUACUAUGAAU